AUGGAAUCCCCUCCUCUGCAACCUCUCCACUGCCCUACAGAACCCUCCGCCGUGAACGACAGCGCCGCCGCCUAUCCAAUGCCGGAAAUUCCUCCUGGCCCAUCAAGCUCGCGUUUAAUCAACGGCUCAAAAUCCAAAAGGAAAAAUAAAAAGAAAAAGAAAACCCCAGUUACAGAACCCUCAUCACCACCAUCAUCAGUAUCAUCAUCGGAUAAUUGUUCUUUUACAUCGUCUUUUUCAAGUUCGAAGCAAAAAGGUCUCAGGAUUUUUAAGAAUCCUAAAAGAAUUCGAGUUGGGUCCACCACGAACCGGAGAAGUACGAAUUUCAGAAAUAUUAAUGUUGAUACCCUUGCUCUUCCUCUGGGAAUGUCAAUUGCUGCUGUUGUUUCCCAGGUUUUGGACAAGAAAAAUGCAUCUGGAGAGAAGAUAUCUGUGGAUUAUCUGACUGAGAUUUGCACAUUGGCUGUCAGAGAGUCUCUAGCAAAUGUUUUUGGCGACAAGUUUGAUGGUUUUGUAAGGAAUUUUAAAACUUCAUUCCGAAGUACCUUCAUGACUCUAAGAUUAAUCUAUGAAUCCUCCCAAAAUGUCGGAGGCAAUGGACAAUGGGCACGGUUAUCUAACAAUAACAAACUACAAGAUCCCGUAUGCAUCUGUGAUACUAAAGAUGGCUUGGAAUCAAUUCCACAUACAACCAACAGUGAUGAACAAAUACGCACUCAUGAGCAUACCGAAGAGGAUAGGCCAUUGGAUUUGAUAAAUCGGCAACUUGUUCUCCAUGAUGGGCAUACAAGUCAACAGUUGUCUUGUUCUUCAAGCACCACAUCUCAUUCUGAAGUCAACCAAUUGAUGCUCAGCACCUUCGAAAAAUCAGUUAUAGAGCAAACUCGUUCUAAUGAACUGAAGGCAUUUGAGAUUAGUCUUGCUAUGAAAAAGCUGCAACUUAAAGAAGCCCAACUGGCUGUCCAUUCGGAUGCAAAUUUCUUGGAAAGAUGUAAAAUAUCUAUGGGUUUUUCUAAGGCUUCCUUUAAGGUGGAAAAAUUCAAAACUCAGUUACUCGAUACGAGACAAGUGGAGUUGCUUAAAAAAUGCUUAGACUUUCUAGUUGCGGGUUUAUUCACCAUGUUGUUCUCCCUUGGGUAUGGAGGUUAUGUUUAUUCUCAUAGAAGAAUAACGGAAGCUACAGAAUCGUGCUCACCUUUUAAGGAAACCAAGUCUUGGUGGAUGCCAAAAUCAAUGGCAACUUUCAGCUCGGGUCUACAAUUAUUAAGGUGUCAAGUUCAAGUUUUAAGUCGCAUGUUGUUUGCCGGACUAAUGAUCGGAGCAAUUGCCUUUUUGCUUAUUCAGAGAUCUGCUGUAACAAAUCAGACUAUGCCUAUUACUUUCAUAAUGUUGCUAUUGGGAGUUGGAUGUGGGUAUGCAGGAAAAUUUUGCAUUGAUACAUUGGGAGGCAGCGGAAAUCAUUGGUUAAUGUACUGGGAAGUUUUAUGCUUGCUGCAUUUCCUAUCCAAUAUUUGGACUUCAACUUUGUUUCUUAUUCUCUAUGGGUCCAUCAACGUCUCAGAUAAGGUGAACGACAGUACGAUAUUUCCAUAUUGGAUAAGGAGGUUUAUGUUCUUCUCUGCACUGCUACUUCUCCCAUUGUUGUGCGGUUUUAUGCCUUUCGCGAGCCCUGGUGAAUGGAUCGAUCAUUUUUCAUCACGGGCUAUGCAUUUUGUGUCAGAUGCAGAUUGA